UGUGAAAAUGUCAAAUCUCUACGAAUUCGAUUCGAAUAAUUUUUCUGAUAAUGAGGAGUUGAUUUAUAUUAAUACAAAUACCAAUGUGAAGAUUGUUAAAACUAUUUCAAAAUCAUUCGAUCUAGAUGUG